AACUUAUUGUCUAUGAUAAUGACUAUAAUUCUAACCUAGAAUACAAAAUAGAAAUAAAAUACAGUAAUAAAUCAAUAAAAAAUACUCUACCGUUUUAAGUUUCGUAGAAUUUACGAAAUGAAAAUGCUAUUAACAAUCAGUUUUUCUCUUCUGCUUCAAUUCGUGGCUUGCAUAGACUACGAUGGUUGGUUGAAUAUCAAAGUUCAACAUUCGCUGAAUUGUAAUGGUGAGAAAUACUGCACCAGGGGAAACAUUUCUUUAAAAAGUUUAAGAGCUGGGACUUCUGUAAUUGAACAAAUACCAUUUCAACAGCAACAUAUUGAUGAAUUAAAGGAAUUAGCGGAGUUUGAUGGUUUUUACACUAUUAGGUCGUUAGUAACAUCGGCAGAGACCAAGGAUUCUGAAUUUUUUUCUUCAGUUAAAGCAAAAGCUUUUCUAGAAAAUGACCUGACAGAUGUUAUAAAUGUUUGGGUACUCCCUAAUGGAGCAGUUAUAGCUGUGAGUUUCCAAGUGAAUAACUCAUCAAAGUCUCAAUACCCACAAAGUGUGAAUAAUGAGUAUAAAGUUCAGUCCAACUUCUACUUGCGACAUGUGGAGCCCGCUGUAACACCGGAUACUGCUUCAUAUAUACAAAAACUUGAACGUGAACGAGAAGCUAGAGAAAAAGGAGAGUUGAAAGAUAACAGAUCAUUUUUAGCAAAAUAUUGGAUGUACAUAGUCCCCAUUGCGAUCUUUGUGAUGAUUUCUGGUGCAACAAAUCCUGAGGGUCCAGCACAGACAGCGCGCUAGAUUAUUUUUUAAUAAGAAUAAUUUAUUUAUUUCCUAUAUAAGUAUUUAGUAAAAUUAUUACAAGGAGUUUAUGAUUUAUGUCCUGUGUUUUAUUGAAAUUAUGAUACAAUCCUUAGAUCUGUUUCUUUUACUUAACAGUUCUUAAAGCCUAUGCAGAAUUUUUGGGCUGAAUUAGAGUGAUGGGAGGUGAGGGAUGGAUAUUCUUAAUCAAGUGGUUAUCAUUUUAGCAUUACUAUUAGUUUAUUUCUGCUGUGGGUAGGUUUUUUGUUGAUAUCUGAUACAACUGUUAUAGAUAUUUAACCCAUCACUAGUUAAUAUCAGGAUAGGAACUUCCUAAAAU